AUGAUGAAGAGAGAAACAAGAUGUUUGGAAGACUUUAAGAAGCCGGUGGAGGCGAAACAAGACCGAGAUGUUUACAAGAACAAGCCAUCCAGAUGCCAGGUCAAGACGGAGACGAUAGAUCAAGGCUCAAAGUCAGUGGAUCGCGAAGUAAAGUUUGAACAUUGGCAAUUCGACGAUCUCAGCGGGGAGUACCACCUGAAAGAGCUGAAGAAGCUGCUGUCGAGCAAUCCAUUACUCAAGACGAUCAAGCUGAAGCUGAAUGGAUUGCUACGCGGACCUACAACAGCGCCCAAACCAAUCCCCAACGUGUUGGAGGCGCUCCAGCGUCUAAUCAAUCUGCUAACGGAGGCGGGGUUUACGGUGAGAACGCUCAACGCACAAACUCUACUAGACUGCAACCACGAUCGAGCGAUUGCUGCCGGACAGUCGCUGAUUAAGACGUUGAUUCCGCUUUUAGGCAUACGUGACCCCGGAGACGACCCGACCCCGCCAAUUGGCACCUCGGAUCAACGGAUCACACCGCGGAUUGCGAUGGAUCAAGUUCUCACGCCGAUAAACGAUUCCCCCAAAUGUGAGCACACUGGAUCGUCUCUAUACGCUUCAGCGGAAUCGGAAGAGGACUCGAAUGAUUCGUUCGAGAUCCAACGGAUGUCGCUAGGACCAAAGGGCGCGGAUCUGUUGCGGAAGACAUUUGAACGGAAUGCGGCAAAAGCGCAAGCUGGAAAGCCAUCGGCAACGCAGUUUAUGAACAUGGUGGAGUCAGAACAAGUGAAUUCUUAUUUUCGGGCAGCCAUGAAGAAAUACGAGCUAGAACAAGCUCACAUGAACGCUGUACAAUCAGUUAAUCGCCAUCCCAAACCGGAGAUCCACAUGCCGGACAUUGACAUGGUGUCGGUUGGAUCGCGUCCUAACGGAUCGCAUGACUAUGGUCAUGAGCAUCGGGAGCAAGGAGGCAAGAGAAUACCGCAGGUGGCAACGGCAGGAGCGGCAGAGAGUGGCGGAUUCAGUAACCAAAGGAUUCGAAUGGCUUCCAUGACCGAACUGAAAGAAUUCUCCGGCCGAGAGAAGAACGAAGAACGGGCCAGGAACUAG